ACAAAUUAUUAUAAAUUAUGAUAAAAUAAAAUAAUGUCCGUAAAAAGUGAAUCAAAAGCUGUGGUAGAUAAAAUUGGUCUAUCGAGUUUUUCGGAAGGUUAUAGUGAACGUAGCGAAUUUUUAGUUGCAACACUUAUAGCGGUACCACCGGACGGUGGUUAUGGUUGGAUCAUUUUAUGUGCUUCAUUUUUUAAUAAUUUUUUGAUUGGAUUUUAUUAUGCAUUUCCGUUAGUUUUAUCGAAUAUAAGUCAAAAUCAUGCCCCGUUGACAUUUCAUGAAUUAGCUUAUUCAAUGGGUUUAGCUGGAUUUAGUUUUAAUAUUGCUGGUAUAAUUUCAUGUGGAUUAUUAAAUAGUUGUGGAUAUCGCGUUGGAAAUUUUGUGGGAACAAUUAUUUUAUUUCUGAGCUAUUGUACUUUAGCAUUUAGUCAUAAUGUUAUCAUGAUUUAUAUUUUUCAUGGUUUAUUUUCUGGUAUUGGAUUCGGAAUUAUGAAUGUAUCAUCAAUGCUAGCCGUUAAUCAUUAUUUCGAAAAAUAUCGUUUGGUAACAUCCAUCAUAAGUGGGGCCGGAGCAUGCUUUGGCAUUAUGAUAAGUCCGUUUAUAUUUUAUCUUUUUGCGAAGAAAGACGAAGAACAUAAUCAUGAAGAACAUGGCCAUUUAGGCAUUAUGAAGGAAUGUGAAUUAUAUUUAAUCAUUGCGAGUGCCAUCAUAGGCAUUGUUGGUUUAACCGCAUCAGCACUUUUGAAACCGUUAAAACCUAAGUUAUUAAUGUUACCAGAAGAAGGGAAAUAUUUUUCAUUAGCUUCAGUUCCACAUCUAAGUCAAGACGAGUCCACUCAUAAGAUUGGUUGUUGUUCCAAAAUGAAAAAACUUUCAAUACAAGAACUGCCAACACUUGCAAAUGUUAAGAGUGCAAUUCCAAGUAAAUUGGAGGUAAUCAAAGAUGAUACUGAUAAGGAUCCUGAACGUCAACAUAGUUAUGUAGCGCAUCCAUUUAAUCGUGACGAUAUAUUUUAUUCGCAAACUAUGAUGAAGAAUAAAGUUUAUACAGAAACACAACCAACUCAACAAACUGAAUCGUCAGGUGUUACAAAGGGCCAUCAAAAUGUCAAUUAUCAUAUGGCUGUAUCUCGCAUUUCGUUAAUAAAAGAUUUGGGCAAAAAAGGAUUUAAUUGUACGUCAACAUUAACAGAUGGAUUCUGGGGUGUUGUAUACUUUUUACGGGAAUUUUCACUGAUGAAAAAACCAUCCUAUUUGUGUCUGUUAUUAUCUGCUAUUUUCACUGGUGCUGGAAUGUUAACAACUUUUACAUUUUGGUUUGAUCAUUUAAUCACAAAAGAUUUUGACAUUACUAAAGGGGUAACUUGCUUUGGAACUAUUGGUCUUUCAAAUAUGGUUGGACGAUUUGUUUUGGGUUUUCUACUCACACGUAAAAAAUGUACUGGUCUGUGUAUUUAUACAUUUUCAUUGAUUAUGAUUACUAUUGAUCUCUUAUUGAUUGAUUUGUAUACAACGAAAACACAUUAUUUUUUUAGUGCAUUUAUUUUUGGGUUUUUUAUUGCUUCGGUUCAUAUUGUAUAUACGGAUAUCAUAGUGAAUUUUAUUGGAUUGGAAAAAUUAACAAGUGGAUUUGUCUAUUUAUUAUUAUUUUUUGGUAUUGGUGAAAUUUUGGGUGUAUCUAUAUGUGGUCUAAUAACUGCUGCUUCUGGCACUAACAUGAAAAUUCAAUUACCUGGUAUAUAUUUUGCAAUAAGUUCAAUAUUUUGUAUAAUAAUUUAUAUAAUCAAGCGUUGUAAACCUAAGUGA